AUGUAUAGGCAGGUAUGGGUUGAUAAUGCAGAUAGAGAUUAUCAGCGCAUAUUGUGGCGCGGUGAUCCUAAUGAGCCUAUUAAGAAAUAUAGAUUGUGUACAGUAACCUACGGAACGGUACCUGCAAGUUUCUUAUCGGUUGCGUGUCUUCAUAAAUCGGCGGAUGUAAAUAAAAUACGUCCGGAGAUAGCUCAGAUAAUAAAGCAUGAUUUUUGUGUUGACGAUUGUUUAACGGGCGCCUCAACAUUAUCGGAGGCUUUAAAUUUGCGUAAUGAAUUAAUUAAAUGUUUAAGUAACAAUGGAUUUGAAUUAAGCAAGUGGACAGCUAAUCAUGCCGAUUUAUUAAAAUAUAUACCAAUUCCUAAUGAAAACUCACUAUACUCGUUAAAUAUGGAAACUGAAGCAAUAAAAACAUUAGGUUUGUAUUGGGAUUCAAACUCGGAUAGUUUCAUUUAUAAAGUGUCUUUACCAAUACCUGAACAUAAGAUAACCAAACGAAGUAUUUUAUCUAAUAUAGCACGUCUAUUUGACCCGCUCGGAUUGCUCGGACCGGUUAUCGUGAUAGCUAAAAUAUUAAUGCAACAAUUAUGGAAAUUAAAAAUAAAUUGGGAUGAUGAAUUAUCAACAGAAAUUCAAGUAAAAUGGAAAAAAUAUUUAAAGGAUUUAAAUCAAUGCAAUAAUCUAAGUGUCCCGCGCUGGUUGCAGUGUGACGACACAGAAAAAAUAUAUAUACACGGAUUUGCCGAUGCAUCGUGCAAAGCGUACGGGGCUUGUUUAUAUGUAGUAUGCACGCGCGCGGACGGUAGUCGCCACUCACAACUAAUAUGCGCAAAAUCAAGAAUUGCGCCGAUAAGUAUAAUAACAAUACCGCGAUUAGAGUUAUGCGCUGCCUUACUAUUAUCAAAAUUAAUAAAAAAAAUAGUUCCAGCGUUACGAAUUAAUGUUACGAAUAUUUAUUGCUGGAGUGAUUCUAAGGUGGUACUAGCGUGGAUCGCAUCGGAUGCAAUGCGUUGGAAACCGUUCGUUGCAAAUCGUGUGAGUAAGGUUCAUAAUUUAACAUCACAGUAUUCAUGGUCGUAUAUUAAUACGAAGGAGAACCCGGCUGACAUUUUAUCCUGGGGAUGUGAUGUUCAAGAUAUACAAAAAUGUACAUUGUGGUGGAACGGACCCGCAUGGUUGACGGACGAGCACGCGAGAUGUGAAGAACUCUGUCAAGUACACGAAGAUGAGGAGACACUAGGUGAAGAGCGAAAGCAGUCGAACACAGUAGUAAUGGUCGCUGAAGUAAAGGCAAAUUAUUUUAUACAACUGUGUGAAAAAUAUUCAAAAUUAAAUCGGUUUCAGCGUGUGUUUGCCUAUACAUUGAGGUAUGUGCAUAAUAUUUCAAGUAAAUUAAGAGCAAAAGAAAGAUACUCGGGUCCUCUCAGCAAUGACGAGAUCCAAAAAUCGGUAAAAAUAUUCAUUAGGCUCUUACAAAAUCAAUUUUUUGGGGAAGCGCUUCAAAAUAAAAAAUUGCAGUCAUUAAAUCCUUUCUUCGACAACGACAGUAUAUUGCGUGUGGGUGGCCGACUUGGAAACGCGACAGAUUUAACUUAUGACCAACGGCAACGUCCGUGA